CCACCUAGAGAGAAGGAGGGGAGAGAGAGUGUGUGAGUAUCGAAGUUCCAUGGACUUCUUUCCUUAAACGGAGUUUUCUGAAAUCAAGACGUUGAAGAGCCUGUAAAUCUCUGUAUGGGUGAGGAGGAUUCAAAGACUGAAGUGCCAGAGACAGCAACAAAUGGGAAUUGUCUGCUGGAUAAGGCAGAUGAAGCUGUGACUAAGAAAGAGCAGGAAAUUGAUGGUGUGAAAGAAAUGGAAGAAGAUAAGAAAGGCAUGACUGAGAAAAUGGAUGAAGACCAACACACAAAUGAAGGCAAAGAAAUCAAUGGCAUGGCGGAAAAAGUAGAAGAAGAGAAGGAGGAACCAAAGGCAGAAUCUAUGGAAGAAGAUAGUGGUCCAAAAGAAGAUCAGGAUACUGAAGAGAAAGAGGAACCAAAGUCUGAAUCAAUGGAACAAGAUACUGGCCCAGCAGAAAACCAGGAUACUGAACAAAAAGAAGCAGCAAAAGAAAAGGCAGAAGAGAAGGUUGAAGGGUCUGAUGCUGAAAAAGAAGAGAAGGUUGAUGGGUCCGAUGCUGAAGAAGAAGAGAAGGUUGAUGGGUUCGGUGAAGAUGAAGAAGAAGAAGAAGAAGAAGAAGAGAAGGUUGAUGGGUCCGGUGCUGAAGAAGAAGAAGAAAAAAAGGUUGAUGCAUCCAGUGCUCAAGAAGAAGGGAAGGUUGAUGCGUCCGAUGCUGAACAAGAAGAGAAGACAGAAAACAAUGAGGAAGAGAAAGGGACAAAUAAACGUGGGAAACAAAGGGGUGGUAGUCGGAAGAAGGGUGCUAGGGAGAAAGUGAAAGCCAAUAGGAAGGCUGUGAAGGAGAAGGAGGAGCCAGAGCAAAGAACACCUGCUACUGAUCGCCCCAUACGAGAGCGGAAAUCUGUUGAAAGGCUGGUGGCAUCUAUAGAGAGAGAUGCUUUCAAGGACUUCCAAAUUGAAAAGGGUCGUGGCACGCCCCUGAAAGAUAUACCUAAUGUGGCAUUUAAAUUAUCGAGAAGAAAGAUUGAUGACACAUUCAAAUUGCUUCAUUCGAUUCUCUUUGCAAGGAGAGGGAAGGCAGUUCAGAUCAAGAAUAAUAUAUCUCGUUUUUCUGGUUUUGUAUGGCAUGAAAAUGAGGAAAAGCAAAAGACAAGAGUAAAUGACAAGCUCGACAAGUGUAAUAAAGAGAAAUUGUUGGAAUUCUGUGAUAUAAUGGACAUAUCUGUUGCCAAGGCUACUACAAAGAAGGAAGAUAUUAUUACAAAGUUGAUGGACUUUUUGGUGGCCCCUCAUGCCACAACAGAUGUUCUUCUUGCAGAGAAGGAGAAGUCAAGUAAGGGCAAAAAGCGCAAGAGGGUGGCCAAAACUUCACCAAAAUCUGGAAUUGUAUCUUCAAAACGUUCAGCAAAGUCUUCAAGAAAAACUGAGGAUGCGUCGAAGCCAGGGAAAAAGAGUACAGUUGAUACAGAAGAUGAUUCAGAAGAGGAAGUUGAAGAAAAGGAUGAUGAAGAACAUGGAGAAGAGGAAAACAGGAACAUUGUUGCUGAAAAGUCGGAUGAUGAGAUGCUUGAGCAUUCUGAAAGUGAGAAGAGAGAUGAAUCUGAAGAUAAUGCUGAAGAGGACGCUGGGAAAAAGAAAAGCAGUUCUAAAUCUCCAGCUAAAAAGAAGGAACCUGCUGGAAAGUCCAGAACAAAAAAGAUCACAGACACAGUGUCAAAUAAAACUCGUACACCACUGAAAAGAACACCUAAAAUAUCAAAAUACUCGAAGGCUGAUGAUGACAGUGAUGCAAGUCCAAAGGUUUCCUCAAGGAAGAAGAUUGAGAAAGUAGUGAAGGAGAAAUCAUCAACUCCAAGGAAAUCUGCAUCAAAGGAGAAAACUGGUAAAAAUGCUAGAAAAGGGAAGGAGAAAGCGAAAGUGAAUAAGCCUUCGAGUGAUGAUCAGCUUAGAAAAGCCAUAUGUGAUAUUCUUAAAGAAGUGGACUUCAAUACUGCUACAUUCACUGACAUUCUGAAGCAACUUGCUGGGCGGUUCAAUACAGAUCUUACCCCAAGAAAGUCAUCCAUAAAGCUCAUGAUCCAGGAAGAACUUACAAAACUAGCUGACGAGGUGGACGAUGAGGAUGGAGAAGAUGCAGCAGCUGCUGGCCAAGAGAAUGAAGCCUCACCUGCUGAGGUGAAGGUCCAGUAAUUGUUAGUUAACAAUGCUCUCUUCUUCGAUCUUUUCAGCUGUUGUCUAUGUACGGUUUAGGCACUUACAAAAUAACUAAAGUCUAUUUAUUGUCUGAAAGCAAAGUAGGAUUUCUUAGAAAACUAUAAGAGGAAGUGAAGCUACUAGGGCAAGGUCACCGUGCUGCAGUUUCGUAGUUGUUUUAACUUGUUACUUUUGUACACAUGAACAUGUAUUGUAGGAAUUAUUGCCAUGUAUAAUGCGACUAUCCUUUUGUAUGGGUUU